GCGUGGGUCGCUGGGCGACUUGGUCCCCGGGGCGAGCAGGAUGGGGCGCCCACUGGUUGCAGCUGGUGGAGCCUGGGCGCGCACCUGCGGGGCAGCGGAGAGGACUUGCCAUCGGGGGAACUUCUUUUCCAGGCCUCCGGUCUACUUUGGAAACGGAACUGCGACUUGAACCUAUUUGCUGUUUUUCAGGUACAUGUCUCUGAAGUAAGAUGACUCGUCAAAAUCUCUUUGUGAUUUUGUUACAUUGGGAAUUUCUUUGUGUGAUAACUGCGUUUAAUUCGACAUAUCCAAUUACUCCCUGGAGAUUCAAAUUGUCUUGUAUGCCAGCAAAUGCAACUGGUGAUGACUUCCUUUUGCCUGCCGGAACCUCAAAGAAUUCUUCACGUUUGGAUGGACAUUAUGAGGCAGUUGUUGAAGCUAAAUUUAAUUCAAGUGUUGCCUACAUUUCUAACUUAUCCCAAACAAAAUUCCACUGUUGUUUUUGGAAUGAACAAGAAAAGAACUGCUCUGUAUCUGAGGAUGGCACCGAUGGGAGAACAUUUGUUUCAGCAGUAAAUUCCUUAGUUUUUCAACAUCUAAGUGCAAACUGGAACAUACAGUGCUGGAUGAAAGGGGACUUGAAUCUAUUCAUCUGUUACAUGGAGCCAUUAUUAAAGAAUUCUUUCAAGAAUUAUGACCUUAAGGUCCAUCUUUUUUAUUUUCUGCCUGAAGUGACAGAAGAUUUGCCACUGGCCACCCAGAGAGGCAGUUUUCAGAUUGUCCAGUGCAACUGCAGUGCUCAAGAAUGUUGUGAAUGUCAUGUGCCUAUACCAACAGCCAAACUCAACUACACUCUUCUUAUGUAUUUGAAAAUUGCAUCUGGUGGAGUAACUUUUCAGUCACCCCUAAUGUCAGUUCAGCCCAUAAAUGUUGUGAAGCCUGAUCCACCAUUAGAUGUGCAUAUGGAAAUCACAGAUGAUGGAGAUUUAGAGGUUUCUUGGCACAGCCCAACAUCAGUACCGUUUCCACUUCAAUAUCAAGUGAAAUAUUCAGAAAAUUCUACGACAGUUACAAGGGAAGCUGAUGAGAUUGUCUCAACUACGUCCUUUCUAAUAUAUGGUGUGCUUCCUGGGUCCUUGUAUGAGGUUCAGGUGAGGGGCAAGAGACUGGAUGGCCCUGGAAUCUGGGGUGACUGGAGUACCCCUCGCAUCUUUAUCACGCAAGAUGUCAUAUACUUUCCCCCUAAAAUUCUGACAAGUGUUGGGUCUAACGUUUCUUUUCACUGCAUUUAUAAAAAUGAAAACAAGAUUGUUUCCUCAAAAAAUAUUGUUUGGUGGAUGAAUUUGGCUGAGAAAAUUCCUCAAAGCCAGUAUCAUGUUGUGAGUGACCAUGUUAGCAAAGUUACUUUUCCCAACUUGAAAGCAACCAAGCCUCGAGGGAAGUUUACCUACGAUGCAGUGUACUGCUGCAAUGAACAUGAAUGCCACCAUCGUUAUGCUGAAUUAUAUGUGAUUGAUGUCAAUAUCAAUAUAUCAUGUGAAACUGAUGGGUACUUAACUAAAAUGACUUGCAGAUGGCCAGCCAAUAUAGUCCAGUCACUUGUGGGAAGUACUCUGCACUUGAGGUAUCACAGGAGCAGUCUUUAUUGUUCUGAUAUUCCAUCUAUUCAUCCCAUAUCUGAACCCAAGGAUUGCCAUUUGCAGAGGGAUGGUUUUUAUGAAUGCAUUUUCCAGCCAAUCUUUCUAUUAUCUGGCUACACAAUGUGGAUUAGGAUCAAUCACUCUUUAGGUUCACUGGAUUCUACACCAACAUGUGUCCUUCCUGACUCUGUAGUGAAACCACUGCCUCCAUCUAGUGUAAAAGCAGAAAUUACUGUAAAUAUUGGCUUAUUGAAAGUCUCUUGGGAAAAGCCAGUCUUUCCAGAGAAUAAUCUUCAGUUUCAGAUUCGAUAUGGAUUAAGUGGAAAAGAAGUACAAUGGAAGGUACAUGAGGUAUAUGAUGCAAAAUCAAAAUCUGCCAGUCUUCCAGUGCCAGACCUAUGUGCAGUCUAUGCUGUUCAGGUGCGCUGUAAGAGGUUAGAUGGACUAGGAUAUUGGAGUAAUUGGAGCAGUCCAGCCUACACAGUUGUCAUGGAUGUCAAAGUUCCUAUCAAAGGACCUGAAUUUUGGAGAAUCAUUAAUGGAGAUACUACUAAAAACGAGAGAAAUGUCACCUUACUUUGGAAGCCCCUGAUGAAAAAUGACUCAUUGUGCAGUGUGAGGAGAUAUGUGGUAAAGCAUCAUAGUUCCCACAAUAGAACAUGGUCAGAAGAUGUGGGAAAUCACACCAAAUCCACUUUCUUGUGGACAGAGCAAGCACAUACUGUUACAGUUCUGGCCAUCAAUUCAAUUGGUGCUUCUUUUGAAAAUUUUAAUUUAACAUUGUCAUGGGCUAUGAGCAAAGUAAAUCUCAUGCAGUCGCUCAGUGUUUAUCCUUUAAACAGCAGUUGUGUGAUUCUUUCCUGGGUGCUAUCACCCAGUGAUUACCGUCUCAUGUACUUUAUCAUUGAAUGGAAAAAUCUCCAUGAAGAUGAUGAAAUUAAAUGGCUUAGAAUCCCUUCAAAUGUUAAGAAAUAUUAUAUCCAUGAUCAUUUUAUCCCUAUUGAGAAAUAUCAGUUCAGUCUUUACCCAGUAUUUAUGGAAGGAGUGGGAAAACCAAAGAUAACUACUAGUUUCACCCAAGAUGAUAUUGAAAAACACAAGAAUGAUGCAGGUCUAUAUGUAAUUGUGCCGAUAAUUAUUUCCUCUUCUGUCUUACUGCUUGGAACAUUGUUAAUAUCACACCAAAGAAUGAAGAAGCUGUUAUGGGAAGAUGUUCCAAACCCCAAGAAUUGUUCCUGGGCACAAGGACUCAAUUUUCAGAAGCCUGAAACCUUUGAGCAUCUUUUUACCAAGCAUGCAGAAUCAGUGACAUUUGGUCCUCUUCUUUUGGAGCCUGAAACCAUUUCAGAAGACAUCAGUGUUGAUACACCAUGGAAAAAUAAAGAUGAGAUGGUGCCAGCAACUAUGGUCUCACUGCUUUUGACAGCUGAAGAUCUUGAGCAGGAUUCUGCCUGUAUUAGUGACCAGGGCAACAGCCUUCACAUCUCUGAGGCUGGGAGCAUCCCGGCUGUCUGUGAGGACGAAAGCCAGAGACAACCCUCAGUUAAAUACGCCACACUGGUCAGUAAUUCCAAGUCAAGCGAAACGGAUGAAGAGCAGGGGCUCAUACAUAGUUCAGUCAGCAAGUGCUUCUCUAGCAAACGUUCUCCAUCAAAACAUUCUUUCUCUAAUAGCUCCUGGGAGAUAGAGACCCAGGCAUUUUUCAUAUUAUCAGAGCGGCAUCCCAAUAUGAUUUCACCACACCUUUCGUUCUCAGAAGGACUGGAUGAACUUUUGGAACUGGAGGGAAAGUUCCCUGAAGAAAAUAAUAGUGAAAAGUCUGUCUAUUAUUUAGGGGUCACCUCAAUCAAAAAAAGAGAAAGUGAUGAGUCAGGAGUAUUAUGCCCAUUUCCAGCACACUGUUUAGUCACCGACAUCAGAAUCCUCCAGGACACUUGUUCCCACUUUGUAGAGAACAACUUCAACUUAGGAACUUCUGGCAAGAAGACUUUUGUAUCUUACAUGCCCCAGUUUCAAACUUGUUCCACUCAGACACAUAAGAUUAUGGAAAACAAGAUGUGUGACCUAACUGUGUGAUUCCAUUCAAGAAACCUUCAGAAUUGUAUUAUAGUGGAUCACGUGGCCUAUAAUAUAUCGCUUUACUGUUGUAAAUGGGGGAACACCAGAGAAAAUCAUUAGAGUCAAAUAUGAAAAUGAUUCCAAAAUUAAUGAUAUCUGUUUUUCCUCUCUAAUAUAGACCCCCAAAAGGUGAGAAAACCCUCAUGAGCCUAGCCAUGCAAAUAGACACUACAAAUAAUUCUAUUCACAGGCCACCGUGGGAAGGUCUCUUGUUGUUAGCUAUGAACAAGCCCAGCAGGUACCAUCUUUUGUGAAUAUUAGACCUGUGUAGAAAGAAAAACAGUGUUCUGUAUCACACCACCAUCUGAAGGAAGGCUUUUCACCAAUAUUUGUAAGAUACAGAUGUUGUUUCAAGGGUGUGUUUGCUUUACUUUCAGUUGCUUUUGUUUUGCACUAAUUCCCUUACACACACACACACACACACACAUACAUUUAUACUUAAUAGUUAUGGAUUUUGAAAGUAUGUGAUGUGUUUGUAUUUUGUGCUACCAAAGUGUGUGAUUUAAAGUAGGCAUAUCAUUAAAUGUUGAACAUAAGUAGAGACUUUAGCUCUGGUCUGAGGGGUUAUACUUGUGAAGACUAACAAAUUAGCCAAAUGUUAUGCACUAAAUUUAAGUUACACAGCUUAGAAUGAAAUCAUCUGUUAGAAUGGCAGGACCCACAGCCAGUGUUUUGAUAAUAGCACAAGUAGUUUUUAAAACAAUGUCUGUUAAAACUCCUCUCUUUGAAAUAUAACUAACUACAUGGCCAGUGUCAUUCUGCACCACUCUGGAGUCAAUGUGUUUCCCCAGCCCCACUCACAUGGACACCAUUUUUUUCCCUCCCUCAGAUUCUCUCUAUACACUAGUCACAGUACAAAUACUUUACAUACUUCAACUCAAUUACUGCAAUAAUUGUAUGAGAUGUGUUGCUAUACUUCUUUUAAAGAUUAAGAGAUUAAAUAAUUUGCGCAAGGUCACAGCGUUAAUGGGUGAUGGAACCAGAAUUCAGAUUUACAUCAUCGAUAACUUAUCAAUGCUAGUAAUUGUGUUUUUAAAGAACAACUGAAUUGCAAUCAAAUAGAAUCUAUUAAGAAUUUCUGAUUGAAAAAUUAUGUGAGGUUUGCACAGAUCUCACCCUUGACUUUAAGAUUAAUACAGAAGGUUAUUAUUUGAGCUUUUGAUAUGGCAAGAGAAUUCGAAGCCCAGCAUAGUGGACAACAAUCUAGGUUAAGAAACUUGCACAUUUCGUUGUUUCAUGGCAAGAAAUAAGAAGUUCAAGAUUAUCGAUUUCAUCAAAAUAAAUAUUAUUUAAAAUACAUCUGUGAGUUGCUAAACAUCAUCAGAGUUUUCUACUUAAACUUAGGAUUCUGUUGAUUUUACUAUUACUCUAAGUAAAUCCUUACAUUCCUUCUCUAUUUAUGAUACAAGCAAAGUUUCAUAAAUAAUAAUAAACAUCAUAAACAAUGACAAAGAUCCCAGACUCCUUUUAAAAGAUAUUGUUUUCACACUUCAUAGUAAUUUGCCACUCAGAAAUCAAUAAGUUAGUUUCAUGUUAUAAAUAUUAUUAAGAUGUCUCAGGAUCUCAUACUCAACAGAUGAGCCUCUUAUAAAAAAAUGGUAGAGCACCCAUACCAACUCACUUAUUCGUGUGAGAAAACCUUAAUUCUAUACAAAGACAAAUGAAGAAGAUAGUUUUUUCACUGAUUUUUAAGACACUUUAGAGAUUCAGAAAUAAGUGAUAUGCAUGGAAAUUUUGGUAAAACUGACUUAUUUUUAAUACAUGCUUACAAAAUAUAGACAUUUAAUUGAAGGUAUGUUAUGGAAGAGAUGGGAAAUUAAAUUUUGCCUCACUCUGCAUGUAACGGGAGAUUAAUCAUUGAACAUAUCCGCUGAGACACAACAUUCUUCUAUGAUCUGUGACCCAAAACAACAGAAAAGAGAAACCAAGAGCUCUAGUCAAUUCAAGAGUGCUCCAUGCUGUGUGUACACUGGAGUGAAUCAGUCCUAGGAUCAUUGUAGUGCUGCAGACCCAAGUUAAGGGAAUUCAGUGAUGUCACAUUAACCUGAGGUCAUUGAUGUCAUCUUGGUGCAGCUUUGGUCCCCAAACAAGUAAACAAAAGGUACUUUCUUUCAUAGGGCUGAGCUAACAUAGUUUGGCUUAUUAACUCAUGUUUAUUAUUGUCAGUGCACUUCAGUUCUAAUUUUCACUUUUGAAAGUUUACUUCUCCAUUGCUAUGUUUUAUUGGAUUGUAAAAGGUUUCUACUAUUAAUUAGUGUAUUUUUACACAACUUAGGGAAAAUUCGGAGUGUUGUAUAUUUCAGAACAUUCAGAUACUCUCCUUACUUGAGCCUCUAUAAAAAGUAUUUAAGGGAUCAAGGAGCUCAAAUAUGGGCUUUGGACCUUUUUCCUUCUCUCUCUCUUUCCUUCACUCUCCUUCCCUCCUCCCUGUCUUUAUUCAGUGUUGGGAAUUAAAUCCAGGCCCUUGUACAUGCUCAGCUUUCCCCUCAGCCUUGGAUGUCCAAACUUGUGAUAAACCUGGAAUUUUGAAUAUUUCAUUUAGUGACCUUAUGUCACAACAACAAGCUACUAAUCAGACCCUUUUCAUCUGAAGUUCAUGAAAAGAAACUCAUAAAUUAAUCAUUUGAGGUAUGGUUUCACGUACAAAUAAAUUGAAAAGAUAAAACAUCUAUGUCAGGGUCAAUGGGAUGAUACAAUUCACAGCUUGAAACCCCUAAGAAGAAAUGUAAAAAACUGAGUUACACCUCACUAAGAGUAGGAGCCUCCCUCUGAAGCCUUGUAUUCCAUUUAGAGAUGGGCUCUGUGUUGUCAAGAGGAAUAGGACAGAUAAUCUUUUAUUUUUAAAACAAGUCUUCAAGUGAUAGAAGGACUUGGAUGAAGUUCCCAAACUAGUGGAAAAUCCUGAACUCGGAAUAAGGAUUUAUGACCCUCAUCGUGACAUUCCUCUACUUCCUUUCAUUCUUUUCCAACAACCAACUCCCUCUUUCCAAAUAUCAAACAUAUGGUCGCAUUCCUUCAGUACUAUGAGCCCCUUGCCAGUUCAAGAAAGAUGAACCCUAGCGGUUUGCUCUGUUGGGAGGGGUGCCUACAGGGCUCCUGUGUAGAGUGGACUGUGCUGAUGGAUUUGGACAAUGGCAACUGCAAAGGUUCAUGUCUCCUAGCAUAUGGAUACAAACAAAAGGCUUUUUUUUUUCCUGAAUUACUUCCUGUAUUUCUAAAAAAAAAAAAAAAA